AUGGAUUGCCUUCUUGAUGACCUUCUUGUCCACAUAUUGUCCUUCCUUCCAACGAAACAAGCUGCUCGUACCUCUGUUCUUUCCAAGAGAUGGAGGACUCUCUUUGCUUUCUGUCAUAAUCUUCACUUUGAUGACAACUCCAUCAACUCCAUCCUUUCGCUCCCUGACCCUGGAGAUAUUUAUAAACUCUAUACGUAUACGUUCUCGAGGAGAAAACAAAAACUGCAUACGCUUCAAAAGUGUUUCCAUGAUUUUGUGGAUCAUACAUUGGCUUUACAAGGCUGUAACACUAUAAAGAAGUUCUCACUUGACCUUAGUCGAACAUAUGACGAUAGUGACAUUGACCGCUGGAUAUGUUGUGCCCUGGAACACGGUGUCUCCGAGCUUCAUCUACGCAUAGAAGGUGUAUCGUGGUGGAAGUUUUCUAUCUCAUCCAAAAUCUUCACCAGCACAACACUGGUUAAGCUAUCAUUGAUAUCCACAUUUUACACCACAGUUUACGAACCACACUGCCCAAGACUUCUUCCUUCGGAUACAUCUCUCCCAUCACUAAAGGUUCUCCUCCUUUACAAAACCUCUUUUAAGGAUGAUCAAUUAUCUGAUGUACUUCUCAAUGCUUGCCCUCUACUUGAGGACUUAACCAUAGGCUAUUACAAGUAUUAUCCGGGUCUUUCAUACGUCAUAUCCAGCAAAAGCAUUAAGAGGCUCUCAGUUACCUAUUGCUGUGCUCGUAAACAUAAAGGCUUUUCUAGAAAUAUUUCAUUUGACACACCUAAUGUUGUCGACUUCUACUACUCUGAUUUUCUUGGCCGUGGUUCUCGAGAGUUUCACUUGGGUUCACUUGCCAAAGCUACAUUGGACCUUCGUUUCAUAAAAGAUGACGAGCAAGCGGAUAUGAGGGAUAUCAUCUGUGAGAUACGCAAUGUCAAGACCCUACACUUGACUUCUUCCACUGUCGAGGUGAUUUUGCUAUGCUGCAAAAAUGGAUUACCAGUGUUCAACAACCUCGUUGAGUUAGGCUUUUCAAGUAAAGAAGAAGGUUGGAAAGUGUAUCUGCCUCUUCUGCUAGAGGGUUCUCCAAACCUUCAAACUCUGGUUCUCUCGGGUCUGAAUUGGUUCUCAUGUAAACGGCAUCGGUUUACUCGAAUUCCCCCGAAUAACCAAAUUAAGAUGUUGGUUAUCAAGAAGUAUCAAGGAUAUGCAAGCGAGCUGAAACACAUUAGCCAUUUCUUACGGAAGAUGGAGUGUCUUGAAGUGGUAAAAGUUUACGUUGCAGCUAGAAUGGAUGACCUCAAAAAGAUGCAACUCACAGAGGAUCUGUUGAAGCUUCCGGCAUCUUCAUCCAAACUCAAGAUACAAGUCAUAUGA